AUAUUUGUGGAUGUAUAGAGCACUCACUCGCACAUUUUCAAGCGAUAUCAAUAUGUGACGUACAUAUUAGCAAAAAGCACAGUUCUGACGUCAGUAUUUUUGUUUCCAGGUAAUUCUGAUACAAUGCGGCCCACAUUGAUGUGUGUAGUGAAAAACUGCAAAAAUACUUAUAGAGAUAGCCGAGACAACAAAACUUCUUUCUUUAAUUUCCCCUCCGAUAAAGAUUUGUUUAAAAAUGGAUAGAAUUUUGUGGUACUGGCGAAAAUUUUCAUCGCUCCAUGGGCCGAGUGUGUCAUGAGCAUUUUCGUACCGAAGACAUCAUUGGAAGUAUGCAAUGCGCCAUGGGUAUAAAGCGAAGGAGGCUUUUGAAAAAAGGCGCUAUACCCGUUUACAAAGAAAAACAAGAUGGGAGCAUUCCAGAGAGUCGUCGGAAAGAACUCAUCGCGGCUCUAUUAAAAGAGGACGAAGCAAGUAUAUCUUGCGACUUGAACCCGGAAUGCAAUACCCCAAAUACAAUGUUGGGCAGUUGUAAAAAUAUAGAGAUGGAGAGCGUAGAUCUGGGCAUUUGUAUAAAAGAGGAGUGCGAUAGUAAGGAUAUGCAGGAGUUCAUAAGCGCUCCAUUCGAAGUUGACAAUGGCGCAGGAGAGCUUCACACAACUGUCUCUGAAAAGGCACCGCUUAAUACGGAAAAUGUGCCUUUAACCGAGUGGCAAUCAAGCCCGUCUGCAGACAUUAAACCGGACGUUAGCAUUCUCAAUUUAGGGAUGGAACCUUUAGAAACUGAAAAGCUAAACACUUCCAAAGUUGUGAUUGGAAAACCUCUUUCAUGGCAAAAUGCAGUGAAAUAUCCCAAUGCGAAUGUUAUCAUUGUAGUUGAGGAAAGAAAUGCGAAGUCCGAUAGAUCGUCUGCGGGUGAAAGUGCAAAUGAGAGUACACUUGUGCGAAUUGAAAAACUAAAGAUCGAGAACACAAGUCUGCAAAUUGCCAAUAAGAAACUGAGUCAGAGGCUUCGGAAACAGCAAUUACGGUUUGAUCAGCUUCUGCGAAAAAAAUGUGCCGAAUAUACUCAAACAAAGACUGAACUUCAAAGAGCACAGUACUUCAGUCGAAACAUGGAGGCACUGCUUCUAGAAAUUGUUACACAGGGGCAAUUGAAAAAGAUAAAGCAUGGUGGACGAAGGCUGUGCUGGUCGGCGGAGGACAUCGCAAACUCAUUUGCUCUUUAUACUAAAAGCCCUCAAGGAUAUAGGCUUUUACAAGAGAAGAAAUUUCCGUUACCCUGUCUGAGAACAUUACGACGGUGGGCUAAAGGCAUAAAAAUGAAUUCAAAGUGACUAUUUUCACUUCCACCUCGAUAUAGUCAAUAAUGCCAAAUAUAAUUAUGACGAUAAUCAUUUUAUAUACAUUUAUUUUUCAGUUGUUUGUAACAAUUUCAAACGAUGGCUAUUUACACCACGUCCUGUGUCUUUAAUUUACUUCGGUGUUGUAACUCAAUAGUUUUAAAUUAAAAUUGGAUGAGGAAAAUUAAAAACGUAUAAAGUCGGCUGCUUUUUAAGAAACUAUA